AUGGGUGCUUUGGAUUCCAUGGAAGAGGUUGGACCUAGUAGCCUCAGCGAGAAGUUUUCAAACGGUACCUCCAAAAUGGAUAUUGAUGAUGAUGAUAUAUAUUUUGAUGAUUCUGAUUCGGAUGGUGACGCUGAAAGCUGUUUACAAGAGUUAGGUAAAGAGUUCCUGAAAAACUUCUGUAAAAAGACGUCAACAGCGUUUUUUGAGCAGUAUGGCCUAAUUAGUCACCAAAUCAACUCAUAUAACGAUUUUAUUAAGCAUGGUAUUCAACAAAUGUUCGACUCUAUUGGUGAGAUUAUUGUGGAGCCCGGUUAUGAUCCGUCAAAAAGGGGAGAUGGUGAUUGGAGAUAUGCAUCUCUCAAGUUUGGGAAGGUUACACUCGAGCAGCCGACAUUUUGGACAGGCGAGAAGUUUUCAGCUGAUGGUGGUAAAGAGUUCCUGGAAAUGUAUCCUCGACAUGCCCGUCUGCAGAAUAUGACCUAUUCGUCCAGGAUAAAAGUUGAAACUCAUCUUCAGGUUUAUAGUAAAAAUGUUGCAAGAAGUGACAAGUUUAAAACUGGAGUUGAACAAUUUGUUGAGAAUAAAGUACUAAAUGAUUAUCACAGUGAUAUCAUCUUUGGGCGACUCCCUGUAAUGGUGAAGUCAGACUUGUGUUGGCUGAAAGGAGUUGAGAAAGUGGAUUGUGAAUUCGAUCAUGGAGGUUAUUUUAUAAUCAAGGGGGCAGAGAAGACGUUUAUUGCUCAGGAGCAAACAUGCCUGAAAAGAUUGUGGUUGUCCAAUGAUCCUCUGUGGACCAUUGCAUAUCGACCCGUUUCGAAACGUAAAAGAGUAUAUAUGAAACUAGUUCCAAAAGUGGAGCAGUUCAUGGGAGGAGAAAAGUUCAUGACAGUGUACUUCUCAGUGACAGAAAUUCCCAUCUGGAUUUUGUUCUUUGCCCUGGGUGCUCAAAAUGACCGAGAGAUAGUAAAUUUGAUUGGUUUGGGCACAGAAGAUUGUGCUAUUGUGAAUGUACUUCUCGCAUCAAUACAUGAUGCUGACAAACAGUGUGAGGGGUUUCGUAAGGGGGACAAGGCAAUCCGUCAUGUUGAGAAACUGAUAAAGAGUUGCCAAUUCCCACCUAAAGAAUCAAUCGAAGAAUGCAUCACCAACUACCUGUUCCCCAAUCUUAAAAGUUUUCAACAGAAGGCUCGUUUUUUAGCCUAUAUGGUGAAAUGUCUCUUGGAAGGCUAUACAGGCCGCAGGAAAGCUGAUAAUAGAGAUGAUUUCAGGAACAAGAGGUUGGAGUUGGCUGGUGAAUUGCUCGAGAGAGAGUUGAGAGUUCACAUUAAACAUGCCGAGAGGCGCAUGGUCAGGGCUAUGCAAAGAGAUCUUUAUGGAGAUCGGGAAGUGCAGUCAAUUGAACACUACAUGGAUGCCUCAAUCAUAACUAAUGGUCUGUCUAGAGCAUUUUCAACUGGAGCAUGGUCACAUCCUUUCAAGAGGAUGGAGAGGAUCUCUGGUGUGGUGGCAACUCUGAGGCGAACAAAUCCACUGCAAACAACAGCGGAUAUGAGGAAAACUCGCCAGCAGGUUUCAUACACGGGGAGGGUUGGAGAUGCUAGAUACCCGCAUCCUUCUCACUGGGGUAAGAUUUGCUUUCUCACUACGCCAGACGGUGAGAAUUGUGGACUAGUUAAGAAUCUGGCAAGUUUGGGUCUUGUCAGUACUUACAUACUGAAUCUGGACCAUGUUCUUGAUAAAUUGUACGAUUGCGGGUUGGAAAAAUUGGUGGAUGAUUCUUCAACUGCUCUCGAUGAAAAGCACAAAAUUUUUGUGGAUGGAGAUUGGGUUGGAAUAUGUAGAGAUUCUGCAUCAUUUGUUGCAAAGCUCAGACACAAACGUCGCAAAAUGGAAGUGCCACAUCAGAUUGAGAUCAAAAGGGACCAGCAUCAUGGAGAAGUGCGCAUAUUUACAGAUGCUGGAAGGAUACUCCGUCCUCUUUUAGUUGUCCGAAAUUUAAAGAAAAUUAGAGAUUUGAAAGGAGAAUAUUCAUUUCAAUCACUUUUAGAUAAUGGAAUUGUUGAGCUCAUUGGACCUGAGGAGGAAGAAGAUUGUCAAACUGCAUGGGGUAUAUCUUACCUCUUUACAGCGAAGGAAGAGAAUCCACCUAUGAAAUAUACUCACUGUGAACUUGAUAGUUCUUUCUUAGUUGGGAUAAGCUGUGGAAUUAUCCCUUUUGUAAAUCAUGACCAUGCGAGGAGGAUUCUGUAUCAGGCUGAGAAGCACUCUCAGCAAGCUAUAGGAUUUUCCACUACAAAUCCAAAUAUAAGAGUUGAUACUAACAUUCAUCAAUUAUAUUACCCACAGAAACCACUUGUCCGAACAUUGCUUUCCGACUGUCUUGGAAAGCCAAGGUAUGCCCGUCACCAUAAGGGCAUUCUCCCUCACCCUGAAUUCUUCAACGGGCAAUGUGCUAUCGUGGCUGUCAACGUUCAUCUUGGGUACAACCAAGAGGAUUCAAUAGUUAUGAACCGUGCAUCGAUGGAACGUGGUAUGUUUCGUUCGGAACAUAUUAGAAGUUACAAAGCCGAGGUUCUUAACAAGGAAGCACUUGGAACGAAGGCCAAGGCGGAGGACUGCAUAAACUUUGGAAAGAUUCAGAGUAAAAUUGGAAGAGUUGACAGUCUGGAUGAUGACGGGUUUCCUUUUAUUGGUGCAAACCUCCAAACUGGUGAUAUUGUCAUUGGAAAGCAUGCAGAAUCAGGGGUUGACCACAGCAUCAAGCUGAAGCACACAGAAAGAGGCAUGGUUCAGAAAGUGGUGCUUUCUGCUAAUGAUGAUGGGAAGAAUUUUGCCGCCGUGUCUCUGAGACAGGUUCGUGCUCCCUGUUUGGGGGACAAAUUUUCAAGCAUGCAUGGACAGAAGGGUGUGCUGGGGUUCCUGGAAUCUCAAGAAAACUUUCCUUUCACCAUGCAAGGGAUAGUUCCAGAUAUUGUGAUAAACCCUCAUGCAUUUCCUUCCCGGCAAACUCCUGGUCAACUUUUAGAGGCUGCUUUGGGCAAAGGGAUCGCCCUUGGAGGUGCACUAAAAUAUGCCACCCCAUUUUCCACUCCAUCAAUGGAGGCUGUAACUGAUCAGCUUCAUAGGCUUGGAUUUUCAAGAUGGGGAAACGAGAGAGUUUAUGAUGGCCAUACUGGUGAAAUGGUUCGUUCCCUCAUUUUUAUGGGCCCCACAUUCUACCAGCGCCUGACGCAUAUGGCUGAAGACAAAGUAAAAUUCAGGAACACAGGGCCAGUUCACCCUCUUACUCGACAGCCAGUGGCAGACCGUAAGCGUUUUGGUGGAAUCAAAUUUGGUGAAAUGGAACGUGACUGUUUGAUAGCUCAUGGGGCAGCAGCCAACCUGCACGAACGCCUCUUCACUCUCAGUGAUUCCUCGCAGAUGCACAUAUGUGGAAAAUGCAAAAAUAUGGCAAAUGUAAUACAAAGGUCAGUACUUGGUGGACGGAAAAUCCGAGGUCCCUAUUGUCGGUUCUGUGAGUCAGCAGAACAUGUAGUUAAGGCGAAUGUGCCAUAUGGGGCGAAGUUACUGUGUCAGGAGCUAUUCAGCAUGGGGAUCUCUCUCAAGUUUGACACUGAAAUAUGUUGA